CUGAUAGGACGAGAAAACUGCCACUCAGCACUCACAGUCGCGUCCUGUUCCGCCGCCCAUUCUUUCUGCCUGAUUGGACUGCGGAGAUGCCAAUCAACACCCAGAACCCCGCCUCCUCCAGUCCUAACAAAGCCUUGACCUUAAUUGAACACGCAACCUGCCAGUCAGCUACAAAUCCCCUCCUUCUACAAAGAUCCUACCAAUCAGCGCACAGAAUCCCACUUGCUUCCUCUGACUUCGACGGGGCAAAUGCCAAUCAGCAGCCGAAACCCUACCUUCUCCCUCUCAGGAAUCUUGAGAGGGCAUACCGGAAGCUAUCAAUCAUCUCAGACUUCUAAGCUAGGCCUGGAUAGAGAUGUCUGUGGCACGCGGGAAACAGACAUGGUGCCGUGAAGGCGGUUCUUGGAGACUUCUGCGAAGACUGGCACCUUCUUCUUCCUAUCAUGGUGGGACAGCGGUAUGCGGGAUUCCAAGUACAGAUUGGCAUUUCCCGCUUCCAGUCAGGAGGAGUUUCUAUAUUUCCUGCAGUGGGGACCUUCUAGAUGACUGCAAGAAGUGCUGGCAGAAAUGAGGACUUUGCUAACAAAAUUCCGCAGUACUGACCUGAGACGCAGUGGGAUCCUCCUACUUGGGAAAGCCCAGGUGAUGAUGCUAGUCUUGAGCAUGAAGCUGAGAUGGACCUGGGAACCCCAACAUGAUGAAAACCCCAUGAAGACAUCAAAAAAGCCCAAGACAGCAGAAGCAGACACCUCCAGUGAGCUGGCUAAGAAAAGCAAAGAAGUAUUCAGAAAAGAGAUGUCCCAGUUCAUCGUCCAGUGCCUGAACCCUUACUGGAAACCUGACUGCAAAGUGGGAAGAAUUACUACAACUGAGGACUUCAAACACCUUGCUCGCAAGCUGACUCACGGCGUUAUGAAUAAGGAAUUGAAGUACUGUAAGAACCCCGAGGACCUGGAGUGCAAUGAGAAUGUGAAACACAAAACCAAGGAGUACAUUAAGAAGUACAUGCAGAAGUUUGGGGCUGUUUACAAACCCAAAGAGGACACUGAAUUAGAGUGACUUAUGGGGCCGGGUGGAAGAACAGGUGAAUCAGGUAGCACAGACUCUGGGAGAACUCCCAUGGGCCUCUCUGCCCCACCCUGUCAGGGCUGCACUCCUGAUGGCACUGCCACCCUGGAGGAUGCAGACCUGCAGGUGUCAACUGAAAGCCACAAAAGUGAGCUUCAUCUGCAACAAAUGAUCCCUCUUGUAAACUGUUGGGUUGUGCUUAGAGGCCACCAGAGGCAAGGGUUUAGGGAAGACCCUGGCCAGACCUGACCCCACUCUAACCUGGGUCUCCUCCUUGGCGGUGCUGUCAGCGCACAGACCCAUGUGCAUCCCCACCCAAGACCCUAAACCCUGAUGAUCUGUAUUAUAUUUUAAUGUAUAUGUGAAUAUAUUGAAAAUAAUUUUGUUUUUUUCCUGGUUUUUGUUUUGCUUUUAGCCUUUACGUGCUAGGAUCACAGGAAGACUUUUGUAAGGAUGGUUUAAGUUCUCCUGCAAGGUUUAAUUUGUUAUCAUGUAAAUAUUCCAAAGCAGGCUGCCUUGUGGUUUUGGUCAGCCUUGUGCUAUGUUGAUAAGAUUGAUUUACUGCUUAAAAUCACUUUACUUUAUCCAAUUUUUACUGAACUUUUUAUGUAAAAAAUAAAAUUGAUUAAAGAAAAAAAAAUAGUACUGACCUGAUAAAUUCUUUAUCAGCCAGAAAUUUUUGCAUGUACAUGAAGGCUACUGAUUUCUGUGUGUUGAUUUUAUAACUUAAAACUUUACCAAACUCUCUUAUGAGUGCCAAUAGUGUCUUAAUGGAGUCCUUUGGUUUCCUUACAUAUAUGAUCAUGUCAUCUGCAAACAGGGAUACAUUGACUUUCUCCUGACUAAUUUAUAUCUUUUUUUAUUUCUUUUUCUUGCAUUAUUGCUCUGGCUAAAACAUUUAGAACUGUAUUGAAUAGCAGUUGUGAGAGUGAGCAACUUCAUGUGGUUCCAGAUCUUAGUGGGAAUGCUUCCAAUUUUUCCCAUUCAAUAGGAUGCUGGCUGAAGAUUUAUUAUAUAUUGCCUUGAUUGUUUAAGGAAUGUUUCUUCUGUACCCAGUUUGCUUAAGGUUUCUAUAAAGAAAGCAUGUUGUAUUUUAUCUACUGCUUUCUCUGCAUCUAUUGAGAUCAUCAUAUGGUUUUUAUUCAGUUUGUUAAUAUGAUGUAUCACAUUUAUUGAUUUGCUUAUGUUGAAUCAUUCCUGCAUACCAAAGAUAAAUCCCUCUUGGUCUGUGUGAAUGAACUUUUUUAUGUGUUGGAUUCGAUUGGUUAGUAUUUUGAUGAGGAUUUUUGCCUCUAUUUUAAUCAGGGAUAUUGGUCUACUGUUCUCUUUCUCCAUUGUAGCUUUCUCUAGUCUAGGAAUUAAGGUGAUACUGGCCUAAUAGGAGUUUGGGAAGAUUCCCUCCCUUUCAAGUGUUUUGAAUAGUUUGAGAAAAGUUGGAAUUAGUUCUUUAAAAGUCUGAUAGAUUUCAGCAGUGAAACUGUCUGGUCCUGGGCUUUUCUUUGUUGGGAGGAUCUUUACUACUGAUUCUAUCUCUAUAUUUUUGGUUGUCUUGAUUUAGGUUUUCUAUGUGUCUUCAUAACUGAAUUUUGGUGUAUUGUAUGUGUCCAGAAAUUUGUUGAUUUCUUCUAGAUUUUCCAUUUUUUUAGUCAUUGCAUCAGAUGCCCACAUUCUAUAUUGCAGUGCUAAUCUGAGUCUUGGGUGCUCCACUUCCAAACUAGUUUCAAGCUAAUGUCCCUGGGAGGCAGUGGAUGAUGGCUCAAAUUCUUUAGUUCCUGUCACUUAACUGGGAGAUCUGUCACCAAAGUGGGAGACUUGAGAGCCUAGUCCAGUUACAGCUUUUCCAGAUAUUUAGGGAGUGAAUCAGCAGUUGGAAGAUCUCUCUGUCCCACUCUCCCCCUUUCUAUCUCUCUCUUUCUGUGUGUCUCUCUUGUUGCCUUUUUAAAAAAAAUCAUUUUUAAAAAUAUUUACUUAUUUAUUUGAAAGAGUUAUAGACAGAGGGAGAAACAGAAAUCUUCCAUCAGCUGAUUCACUCUUUAGAUGGCUUCAAUGGCCAGGUUAUGGUCAGGUUGAAGCCAGAAGCUUCUGGCUCUCCUAUAUGGGUGACAGGAACCCAAGUCCUUGGGCCAUCUUCAUUGGCAGAGAGCUGGAUCAGAAGGUGUAUAGCUGAAUUGAACCAGUCCCAAUACAGAAUGCCAAGGUAAUAGAUGACAGCUUUGUCUGCAACGCCAGCCCCUCUCUCUGCCUUUCAAAUAAAUAAAUCUUUUAAAAAGACCUUCUGGUAUUAAAAGUCAUCAAAGCUGGGCAAUGGGGAAUCUACUGAAGUGAUCUACUUUUUAAAAUAUUUAUUUGUAUUUCGAAAGGCAGUGUUAUAGAGUGAGAGAGGGAGAGAUUGAUCUUUCUGGUUUCUUCAUUCCCCAAAUGGCUACAAUGACCAUAACCAGGCCAGACUAGUGUCAAGAGCCAGGAGCUUCUUCCAGGUUUCUCACAUGGUUCAGGGGCCCAAGAUUUAGGCCAUCUUGUUCUGCUUUUCUAGACACUUUAUCAGGGAACCAGAUCAAUUUGGAGCAUUAAUAUCUAUGAUAAUCUCCUUGCAGUUCAAGGAUAUAGGAUCCAUUUGGCACAAAGUUCCAUUUAUGGGUGGGCCAAGUAUCACGCUUCCAUCUGUCCAAGAUGGGCUCUGAGAAAUUGUGCUAAAAUAGAUAUUAAGCCAUAACUCUUGGUUUAAGCUUUUGUUAGCAGAGUUUCAUGUUUGCCAAUGAUAAUGUCUAUGGCAAUUUUGGGUCUCUGGAUUGGAACCAAUGAAAGCAUCCAGACCAGCAGUAGUGAGAGCAACAGUCAGCUGAAUGAUGUCCAGCUGAACUUAAAUGGCUUUUCUGUUUGUUAGAGGGGUGACAUGCUCCCUGAAUCUGCACAUAGACAGUAGCCUUUGGAGGAAAUCCCCUCAACCAAAUGAAAUAUGCCAAGUUUGGGUCCAUCCUUAUAUUAACAGGCCUUAGUAGUCAUGCUCAGGUUUUACUGUCCUAUAUCCUUGGCCAAAGUCUUAGUAAACAAUAUGGUUUGGAGAAUCACAGGCUCAAGUUGUGUAGGAGACUAUAUUUCCAGUAUAGCACAGGUAAUAGUUAUCUAAUUUAGUUUUACUGUAAUAUAGCAAUGUUCCAAGAUAGGCAAUUUUUGCAUCUUAGCUCUUGAGAGCUAAUGGACAUCACAGGUAAUCCAGAUAAUUUGGAAGGUGUGUGAGCCCUUAGAGUAAAGAAGUCACUGAGACACUAAAGAUAGUGUAUAUAUAACUUAUUUUGACUGCUUUUGGCUAUUUUCAUUUGAGGGAGGCCCAUAUAUGCUGGACUGAUUUGUAGCAUCAGUGACAAUUUUUUAAAUGAGGCAUGCAUUGCACAAAACCCCAAGUAGGAUGAUAAGGUAUUAAACUUGUAUGUUCUUCACAAGUGUAUCAAAUAGUCUCAUUCAGGGAGGAUGCCAUCAAUGUGAUGUAUGCUUGUGCUCCUGAUAAAAGGUGGGUGCAGUUAAAUUCUUUGCAAAAAUUGUGUUUGAAUUGGAAUCCCCUUGCACAUUUCUAACUCCAAUGCCAUCUCACUAGUCCAAGUGAUCAAUUUCAGUUCACAAUUGUUCAUACUGAUAGGUCUAAGAGUCAAAGGGAUCACAUAAACAAGACUAGUGUUUGCUAAUACUAACUGAUAGAAUUAAAAAGGGAGAGAACGAUCCAACAUGGGAAGCGGGAUACACAGCAGACUCAUAGAAUGGCAGAUGUCCUAAACAGCACUCUGGCCUCAGAAUCAGCCCUUAAGGCAUUAGGAUCUGGCUGAAGAGCCCAUGAGAGUAUUUCAGGCAUGGAAAGCCAAGACACUCUGGCAAAAAAUAAAAAAUAAAAAAGAAA